GUGAUAUUUAUUGAGCCAAGCCGCGAAAGGCAAGAGUCAAAGAAACAAGCGGACGCCAAAUGAAAACCCCAACGCUUCGCAAUUCACUUUCGAUUCCGCCAGUUCGUACGGGAGAAGCCAAUCUCUUGCGGUUUUGCAGAUAGUUAGAGCAGAACACCAAGUCUUUUAGCCCUUAAGAACCACCAAUCUCAUAUCAUUCACCGAUUAAUCAGUCUAACAAAAAGAAAUAAUGCCCUCUUCUCAUACAAAGCAGGCAUAAAGUCAAAGCCCAAGCUAAUAGCUAGCUCUCUAGGAAAAAGAAAAAGGGGGAAUGUUUUCAUUAUCAUUUUCAAGUUUAUAAAUCACCAGGUAUUUUAUCUUAUCUGAUGGUAUUAAGCCUCAAAAUCUGGUCAGAAUUAGGGAAAACUGCGUCGCUUUGUUAGUAAUUCAACAGGGAACAAUGUGAAUUAGCUUUUGUUUUGUUUUUUCAGUUUGCUUUAGAUCAAUUAGGGUUUGGUAUUGUUUUUAUUUUGAACCGUAGAGGUAUAUAUAUAUAUAUAUAUAUAUAUAUAUAUAUAUAUAUAUAUAUAUAAAUAUAUAUACAUACACGCUUUAAUAUUGAAGGAAUGAAGGGACGGUCUCACCGUCUACAGAGCCAUGACCUCCACGAGGACUGGAUCGAUGGCUCAUGGACGGUGGAUUGUGUGUGCGGUGUUAAUUUUGACGAUGGGGAAGAGAUGGUUAAUUGUGACGAGUGUGGUGUUUGGGUGCACACUCGUUGUUCCCGGUAUGUGAAGGGAGAUGAAUUGUUUACUUGUGAUAAGUGCAAGAGCAAGAACAAUAAGGACGACAGCGAAGAGACAGAGGUUGCUCAAUUGCUAGUUGAACUGCCUACCAAAACUAUCCAACUAGAGAGCAGUUAUGCUACAGCAAACGGGCCUACACGUAGGCCUAUUAGGUUGUGGACUGAGAUACCAAUGGAGGAGAGAGUUCAUGUGCAGGGUAUUCCAGGUGGUGAUCCUGCAUUGUUUACUGGAUUGUCUUCUGUUUUUACACCUGAGCUAUGGAAGUGCACUGGGUAUGUGCCUAAGAAGUUUAAUUUUAACUAUAGGGAGUACCCAUGUUGGGAUGAGAAGGUGGGUGGUGAUGGUAAAAAUGAGGAUGAUAACGAAAAUACAGUUGAUAAAGGUGCUGGUGCUUUGUUUUCAUUGGCUACAGAGAGUGUCUUGGCAACCCCUGCAGCUGCUUUAAUUGGCAUGAGGAGGAGAGGUGAGGAAGGCACCUUUGAUCGGAGAGAGUACUCUAAAGAAAGGAAGAAUUGGGUGAAUGAGGAUGGUGAGGUAAGGCAUUCGCAUUUUGGGGUUAAAAAGGAAAGGAGCUUGCUUCGCCCGGUUAUUUUACAUUCUAAUAAGCGGAAGAAAGAAGAUCUGGGAACUUCAAAAGAACGAAGUGGAAAAAAGAAGGUUAGAGUUGCUUACAGGGAGGUGGAUGCCAAGAAGAGAGGUUCACAUGUUUCUAGAACAGCAUUUACAUCCACCAGUGAUGCAAAACCAUUGGAAUUUUAUGAAGACAGAGGUUCGAAGUCUAUCAAGAAUGACAGUCACAACACUAAGAACAAGAAUUUAAGAGACACUGUUAUUCAAGAACAUGAAACAGAUUGUCAUAUUUCCGUGGGCAUUGAUGGAGAGAAGGCCAUGAAUAGCGUAGCAGUGAUUGAGCGCUUUUCAGAAACUUUGUCUGUUGACAUUUGUAGAAAUGAUUCUUUGACUGGAGCUGGAUUGAAUGAAGGAAAAGCUAGCCAUGUAGGUACAGAAGUGAUUGAAAAUUCUUCCAAAUCGGAUAAUCUAGCUGCAUCGGUACCUGAACACAAUGAUGUUGGGAGGAUACAUGCAGAACAAGAGGGAGAUAAUAUACCAAAUGGUAAUCGAGAUGGCAAUGUGAAAGGUUCUAUGAGAAGUGAUGUGAAGCCUCCAACUGAGGAACUGGCUAGCACUACUUCAGAAGUUAAGAUCGAUCAAAUUAAUAGUGAUCAACAUCUCUUUCCAAGUUCUAUGGAGCUUAAUGUUGAAAUAGAUGCAGAUGAUGAUAAUUCUAAGGGGGUCUUGAACGGUCGAUUUUCUGGAACUGAUUCAAAAGAUAUAGGGGCUUCUCAUGAUAAUGCUAUUGAAAAUUCUAAAACGAAUUAUGUGGCUUUAAGUGGUUCACCAUCUCGCGACCCUAAGGCUCAAGAGGUUGAUAAAACUUCAGAAGCAGUCAUUGAUUGUCAUAUGGACAAACAGAAUGAAUUAACUAGUGACCCUUUUCAGAUCAAACGAGAACUGGAGGGUACUGAGGCUUCAAUUCCAUUGCAAAAGUGCUCGUCAGAACCUAAAUUUGGUUCAAUGUUUGCUGAAGAGCUUUCAAAAUCCAGUGGAACUACUGUAAGUUCUUCGGCAUUAACCAGUCAGAAUAAAAUUGUCUUGUGUAUUGGAAAAUCAUUGUCUGCUUCAGCCGCUGUCACGAUUUCCAAAGCGUCUGCUAGUGACAACAUUAGGUCUCCAGAUACACUGGAGUCUAAUCCUAAUACUAGGCAAAGAGUAGUGUCUGAGUGCAAGUCUAAUAUUAAAAAAGAUCAAGCUGCAAGUGAUAAGGUCAAGGAUGAAGAGAGUCCGGAAAUUUCAAGGAAAGCUGUAAAAGAGCGACCAAAAUCCUCUGUGAAUUCUGCUUCCAAAGCAUCAAACUCAAGCAAGAUUUCACAUACAUCUGCUCUUAAGAGAACUGUUUCAGAUUCAAAAGAUUCUGCUCAUCACUCGUCUUCUAAAACAUAUUCAGCACAGAACUCCUCUGAGACUGUUGGACUGCCACAAAAUGAAUGUGCUCCAUAUGUUCAGAAUAAGUCGCUAGCUUCAGGUUUAUCUGUAAGAGGUGAAAAGCUUAACCAGUUGAAUAGCCAGCUGUCAUCCAAGGCACAUCAUGCAUCAUCUAUGAAUCCUCCUCCAUCUACUAAUUCUUCUGCAACUUUAAGUGACGAAGAGCUUGCAUUGCUUUUGCAUCAAGAACUUAACAGCUCUCCUAGAGUUUCUCGUGUACCACGUCGUCAUACAGGCAGCUUGCCCCAGCUGGCUUCUCCAACCGCAACAAGCAUGCUAAUAAAACGUACAUCUAGUUCUGGAGGAAGGGAUCAUAAUUUGGUCUCAAGAAGAAAAAAUAAGGAUUCAUCUAAAGAUGGGUUUUCCUGUUCUCACGACCAUGAUGUUGAGGCUAAAAAGACUGAUAGAGUGCCAUCUUUACCUGACCUGAGGAGACAGGAUACUGCUGAUGAAUUGACCAAGAGAGAGGAUAAUGAACAUUCUGUCAAGAAAAAUGUCACUCCUGUCUCGACAUCAACUGCAAACAGUGGUCCAUCUUCCUCUACUGAGGUUAAUGACCAUCAUCUGUCUUCAGCACGUGAUUCACCAAGAAAUAUGUCUGACGAGGAGACAGGAGCUGUUCGUGUUCCUGUUCAUCGCACUUUACCAGGCUUAAUCAAUGAGAUUAUGAGCAAAGGCAGACGCAUGACUUAUGAGGAACUUUGUAAUGCUGUCUUGCCACAUUGGCAUAACCUCAGGAAGCACAAUGGAGAACGAUAUGCAUAUUCAAGUCCUUCUCAAGCUGUUCUUGAUUGCCUUAGGAACCGACAUGAGUGGGCUCAGUUGGUGGAUCGUGGUCCCAAGACAAGUUCAAGUAGGAAAAGGCGCAAGCUUGAUGCUGAGGAAUCAGAAGAUAUUGACUUUGGCAAGGGAAGAACUGCAAAAGAAGGUGAAGGUAAAAUCCUCGAGUCACAAAGAGAAGAUGUUCCCAAGGGCAAGAGAAAAGCAAGGAAACGAAGGCGUUUGGCAUUGCAAGGAAUAGGAAUAAAGGAAAUUAGGAAGAGGCGGAAGGCAGAUAUGUUUACUGAUGAUGAUAGUGGGCCAUUUUCUAAUUCAAGUGAGGAGAGUUUAUUCAGUGAAGAAGAGGUUCGCUGUGGUGGAGGAGGUACAGUUGGGAGUGAGGCCUCAGCUAGCUCAGAUGAGGCAGGGACAAUGUAAUAUUCUAACAUUUAACAUUUUGUUUUUUGGUCUUUGCUCUUGAUAUUCAGAGGAGGGCUCCCUUGUGUGGUUAGAUGGUGCCCCUUCGAGACUGCAGCCAUCACUUCUAAGAAAGUCCUGCAUCUUUCUCAUAGGACUCUAGCAGGUUGGCAAUUGUGGCAAUUGCUGCUGUAUGUUAUCUGCCAUGGAAAUCCUUGUAGACUUGUGAGGAUGUUGUCAAGCUCCGGGCAUCUUCUAAUCAGUUGCAUAUUAUCUCAUAACUGUCUUGACUGCCAUUUGUCGGAACAACUGUGCUGGGGAAGCUGUCUGAUUGAGCUGGAGGCCAGUCUAGUAUUGAAGCUGUAAUACUAAUGUAUAUAUGUAAUUUUUGAAAUGAUGAUAUAGAGGCCUUUUUGCGUAGUGGGUGUAGGGACGUAGUGAUUGCAGUAGAUUCUCCAAAAUCUUAUCAAAGCAACAUGGAAUUGCUUGUUUUAUGUGUGAGGUUAUGAAUCUUUCUGCAAGCCAAAUGUUUAUGAAAUUGAGAGGCAGGGCAGAUUUUGGGAUU